GCAGCUGACACAAUCCAAACACUGUGUCUGCGAAUAUAACCUGCAAAAUUUUCGCAGAAGGACGAUGGUUCAAGCAAAUGCACGUCGGAAAAAUCAGUUUGAAAUUUAUCGCUCGCACACGUGUCGCCUGUAAUCAUUGUUAUUGAAAAACCGCUGGCUGAAGGAAAAUUACAGGUCGCUUUUGUUUCACACGUGAUCAUUGAUAAUCAUUACGCAACUUUGCGUAGAAAAGUUUAUACUUAUAUAGGUGUAGUAAAAGUCAAAAGCUGCGAGAAUGGAGCAAAAUAACGAAAACACGGAGAAUAUGACAAUAAAUCGGGUGAUACUUUUGUGCUGUGGCAAGUUUAAUCCACCUACGAACAUGCAUUUGCGAAUGUUCGAACGGGCAAGAGAUCAUUUGCACUCAUUGAAGACUUAUUCUGUUGUUGGUGGAAUAAUUGUACCCACUAAUAAUUUAUCCAGUAGUAAUAUUAAUGACUUGGCACAUAAUAAAACAAGAUGUGAUUUAAUGGAACUAGCCGUCAAGUCCCAUGAUUGGGUGCGUUUGAGCAAAUGGCAUAUCAGUCAAAGUAAUUGGAAAACUUUGAAAGACACUGUAUUAUAUCAUCAGAAUAUAUUAGAUUCUUUUAUAAAUAAUGAUAUUGACAAUAAUAUAAAUGAUAAGGACACUGAUUGGAUACCUCCGAGUAUAAAAAAUAAAACAGAUAAUAGGCCGGUUAGAAUAAAGUUACUUGGUAAUUCUGAUCUAUUAGAAAGUUUUUCAGAGCCAGAUUGGCCAGAAGAAAAGGAAGCGAUGAUAAAGAUGAUCAGAUAUGUUUCUGACCACCUUUCAGUACUUGAAGAGUUUGAAUUAGUAAUCGUUGAAAACGUUGGCUGUGAUCUCAGUAAAAUCGUCUAUGAGUCCGAUGUUCUUUACAAAUUUAUGCAUAAAAUUCACUUGGUCACUGAAUGGAUACCGUACGAAGGGAGCUGCGCCCGAGUUAGGCGAGCUUUACAACGCGGAGAGAGCGUCAAGUAUUUCUUGCCGCAACCAGUUGUCAAUAAGAUAGACGAACUGCAAUUUUUCCAAGUCCACAACUGGUCGAGCAAGACUAAAGCGAUCGCGGACCCAUCAGCAAAAAUGGACAAACUCGUCGGCCGGGUAUUGUUGAUGUCAUGCGGAAGUUACAAUCCACCAACUCACAUGCACCUGAGAAUGUUCGAGCGAGCCCGUGACCAUCUGCACAAGCUCGGCACGCACGUAGUCGUCGGCGGCGUGAUAUCGCCCGUGCACGACGACUACGGCAAAAAGGACUUGGCCAAGUCGAAGGACAGAUGCGAGAUGCUGAGAUUGGCCCUGGGCGACAGCGACUGGAUCCGACUGAGCACUUGGGAGACGCAGCAGAAGGGCUGGACGAGGACACGGGCGAGCCUCGAGCACCAUCAGCGCUGUAUCGAUUCCUGGAUCAAUCAGGACGACGCCAAUAAUAGCAACUCACCCGCCCAAAACAAUCAAACGAGCGAACAAGACGACGAUCUCAAAUGGAUACCCGAGAAGGUGAGGAGCAACGAGCCCGACGAGACGCAGGAGGUGCAAAUAAAGCUUCUCUGCGGUGGCGAUCUGCUCGAGAGCUUCAGCAAGCCGGGUCUCUGGGACGAAGCAGAUAUUGCAGAAAUAGUCGGACGCUACGGCCUUAUCGUCAUCACGAGGGAGGGCUCCAACCCCUACAAGUUUAUCUACGAUUCCGAUGUACUUUCUAAGCAUUUGCACAACAUACAGAUAGUUACCGAGUGGAUCCCCAACGAGGUAAGUUCGACGAGGAUAAGGCGAGCCUUGAAGCGGGGCGAGAGCGUCAAAUACCUGCUGCAAGACCCGGUGAUCGACUACAUCUAUAGGGAGAGCCUUUACGACGCUCACAAGCCCUCCACCAUUAAGUUGGAAUUAUCUUCUAAUUAUUCCUCGACUGACUGUCUUGACGACGCGACGUACGAGCACAACGACGACAUCGACGACGACGACGACGACGACGACAAUGCCUUUCUCGCGACGCCGUCGCCGAGCGACGUGACGAUGCAGGAGCAAACGAGUUCCACUCGUGCGAUAGCGACAGCAGCGACGACAGAUUGCACGGAAAAGAAUCUUCCAAGCAACAACAGCAAAUCGCUGUCGACCACGGACGCCGACACCGAAUUAGCGCGCGAGAAAUUUUUCCGCAGCCUCGUCAACGACUCGCUGAACUUCGUCGAGUCGUCGACGGCCUCGUCGCUGCUGCUGCUGCAACAGACGAGCCGGGACGCGCUGAGCCUGCUCGACACCACGUUCAAUAGCCAAUUGGAGCUGCCGAGCAGCGCCAGGGCGCGCAACGAGCUGCUGGCAUUCGAGGACACGACCAUGACGACGACGACGACCGAGAGCGAGCUCGCCACCCUCUGCGGCGACAACACCUACAGCGACGAUCGUGACGACGUCGACGACGACGACGACGACGACGCUCUCUCCAUCACGUACGAAGAGAGCUCGGACGACAUCAACGAGCUCUCCGUGAAAACGAGCAAAGACAGAGAUAACGUUCUCCCGGAGGAACUGGCUGCUGCUGCUGCUGCUGCUGCUGCUAGUAGUAGUAGUAGUGGUACUGGUAGUAAUAUCAAAGGCGGCGGCGACGACACGAAUGUCAAUAGCUCGGCACUGCCACCGCAGCCUGCGCCGUCGAGCUUUGAGCCAUUAGACGACUCCAACGAGCAGACCGCCAAGUUUGAAACAAAUUUAGAGAUCGAUGGCAAGUAUCUCAAGUCGCUGGUCAGCACGAAAAAGUCCGCCAAAAAGAUAGACGACGAGGAAUCGCCCAAGUCCGACGGCAAAGAGAUAAAAGGGAAUGAGCCACAGCCACAGCAGCAGCCACAGCAGCCCGUGGACGAGUCGAAAAAGUGGAGCGAAAAGUUGUUCGACGAAGAUUUGAGCUACAUCAAGAGACUCAGACUGAUUAUCAACAAGCCCAUAGAUGCCCAGGUGGUGCAGCAGCGUCAAUUGCAGGGCAGUCUCGACUCGAUAAAUCUGAAAAACGAAAAUACCUUGGUAAUGAGACGCGCCACGAUCGAGUCGAUGUCGAAAAAGUCCAAGAGCUUCGAGUCCAUCAAGCGCAAUCCUCAGCCCCUUCCGAUCGACGAGAACGACGACGACACGGUGACCGUCGCCCCCGUUGCGACGGGAAGAUUCAAAUCCGACAGCACUUCUCAACUGAUAACGCUGCCCGAUCUAGAUACUCAGACCGAGGAUUACUGCAUGUGCUGCUUGGCGGCGGACGAGCUGCAGCAGCAGCAACAGCUGCAGGCCUCGAGCACCGAGCUUUUUUAUACGAUGCGCUCGAACCUGAGCUCGCCCGACUCCACCGAGUGCGACAUCUGCAGCUCGUGCAACUUGCGCGACUCCACCGAGGCAUUGAACAACAAGUCCUCGGACUUGCAGGCCGUCGCCCAGAGCCUCCACGAGAACACCGAGCUGUGCGAGAUCUGCGGCGAGCCGGCCACGAGCGCCGAGGAGAUACUCACGGACGAGCAGCCCGCGUCGCUCGGUUACUUGGCCGUCGAUCGACACGCGGCGCCUCUGGGCCUGCCCAAGGCCAAAUCGGUCAUGGAGAUCAGUCGGGGCUUCUACAGGAUGUCGACCUUCGACGAGGAUCGCUACGGCGUCGACGUCGAUAACGUCGGCGGCCUCGGGGACUGCAAGCUCAGAGCUUCGCUGGACGUCUGCAACAAGCCGGAGCCGCUCUACGUCAACGUCAUUCCGAGGCACCAGCUGAUAGAGCACCACAGGUCUUCGAGACUGAGAGCCGAGCAGCCGAAUCACGAGCAGUCUGCUUUCCGAUGCGUGCCGAGGGACGAACAGCAACAGCAGCAGUCCAUGUCUCGCAGUCUCAGCAUAGGCGGGCAUCGUCGACUGAGCCGUCGUGGCUCCUAUCCCAAGAAAAACAACGUCGUCGACCGACAGCAGGAGAAGCGCCGAUUCUCCUCGGUCGACAAUCUCCAGAAUCGCACGUCGUUCCGCACCAGCGGCGAAAAAUUCUCGCGCUCGCGCGACAACAGAUUCAUGACGUCGGCCGACAGCAUCAAGCCGAGAACGUCGCGCAGCCGAUCGCUGCGCAGGUCGGCCGACAACGUCGGAAGGUUCUGCUCGUCGGGCGACAAUCUCGACUCGCUGGAGGAAACGGCGGACACGGACGAAAACGGAGCUACGACGACGACGACCACGACGGACGGCGAGAAAUGCACGAGGCUGAAAAUACGCGACAGUGACAUGAUCAAAAUGAUACUGACGAAGCACGGUAUUAAGAUAAUAAGCCAGAAGGAGACGGUUUUAUAGGGCGAGGAUAUGGGCAAUUCCGGUGACGAGAUUAUUUUGUAGUGCUCUCUAGUUACUUUUUUAAUUGACGUUAUUUUGUAAAAUUACCGCUUUUACCUAGCUGACUUUAUUCAUAUCAAAGGAUUGAAUUGUUGAUUAUAUUCAAGAUCUCCAAAUGCAUAUCUCAAGCCACUGCUGAAACGACAUUUGCUAUUUUACGGUCCAGUGAUCAUAGAUACAAUUUUUAUCUUCCCACAAACAAAGUACUUCCAAGCAAGAGUUGCCAAAUACUUGAUUAAAUUAAGCCAAAAUGAACAACUUUGUCUUUCCCCAAACUUUUUGAGAAUUUACAUUUUUAUAAAUAUUAUAUCUACCUUAAUAUCGCAUUGAUUUAAACUUUAAACUCAUAGCUUCAAAGUCGGUAAUUUUACAAGAUGCGCAUGAAUGAAUUUUGAAAUUGCCCAUGUCAAAUUUCAUUUGCUUCCGAUAAUAUAGGAAUUUAAAAUUAAAAAUCUAUUUUUAACUUAGAUAAAGAGAAUAAAUAUUGAUGAAGCAUGUGUACAAAGAAUAUAAAUUGAUAUGAACAUAGUAUAUAUAAUACUGAUUUAUGCAUUAGCAAAUAGAUGUUGAUAGUUUGACAGGUUUUAAUGCAAAAAACUAGAUUAUACGUAAGUACAAACAUUUUAAUUUACUGUCAGAUCCGACUCAAUGCUUGCAGUUUUUAACUUGAAAACAAUUUUUACGCUUACGAGAAAAAAAAGUUAACUAUGAAAAAAGGAAAACGAGUUUAUAUAACGCAUUGAUACGAUGAAAAAAAUUUUAAAGAUGUUACGUAACUUUUGUAAUUUUAAUGAAAUCAUAGAGUAUCCUAUGAGUUUGCAGCUGGCUGUUCUUACAUUUAGAGCUGUGAAGUAUGAUAAAAUAGAUGUAAAAAAUAAAAUUAAACGCAUAAAUUUUAUUGAGCCAAGAAUCGGGUGCGCGGAGAAUAUUCACAAUUUGCCAAACAUGUGCCAAGCAUCAGUCUUGUGUGCAAGAUGCAAACGUUUUCCAAGAUUAAAAUAUAUAGAAAUAUAUAUACUGAACGUAUGGAAUACUAAAACUUUUAGUGUUACAUGACAAUCCUGAAAAAAAGUGUCAAUAUUUGAUUCUUAGACGCGGUUAGAGGCAUGUAUAAAUAUUGCAUAUGCGACAUGUGUAGUAACUUUCAUGGGUUGGUAUACAUUUCACGUUCGCGAACAAAGCAUUAUUAAUAAAUGUAUAUGAAGCAUGAAUGUAUAUUUGUGCAGGAUACGUAAUUGCAGGAAAUUUACUUGGCGAAAAAAAUGUACCCUGAAAAAUUUUUUCCAGUAGAUGUCAUGUUACAAACUCAAUUAACUUUCAAAAUUUGCACAAGCAUUCGUAUAGUUUUUAACUCAAUUUGACGCAAUAAAUUGAAAAGUAAAAUUGAAAAUAGGCCUCGGAAUUUCCCUUUACAUUUAAAAAUUUAGAUGUAUAAAAAAUAAAUGAACUAUUGAGUGUGUAAACUAUAUCAAGAAAGAUUUAAAUGUUAGUUUUAAAAAAAAUGGAACUACGUUGUUACAAAGUUUACUAUUGUUCAUUAGAAUCCAUUAUCAAGUAGAAAAGACGAGACAGAAAACUAAAAGUCAAUUUCGCCUUUUUCGUAUUAACAAAAACAUUGUGGCUAUGACCGAUGGCUUUUUUACGAUAAGUGAUGCUACUGAGAUUCCAUCGGAAAAAUGGUGAAAAUUGACUUCAGCUGACAGAACGACGCACCAUUAUUCCUUCCUUCUUUGCACACUUUUCAAUGCCCUUUGCAUCUAUCUGUUCGACCUGUAAAUGUGUUGUUUUCAUAAUAUAAUUUUCGAAAUAUUUACGAAUAUACCAAAUCCAAAGCUAAAAUAAGCGAAACGUCGAAAAAGAUAAAAUUUCAAAUACGAACUCUGCAUGAUUGUUCGUUUAUAGUUAAUUAAUCAAUUAUUUCCUUUUAUCGUUCAUAACCGGAAUGAUUGUUUGAAUUUUUGUUCUCGCAUAAAAAUAUCUCCGAAGGGUAUACUGAAAAUUCUGCAAUCAAUUACUAUCAGGCUGCGGCCCGGUAUUUUCUCGACCGACGAAAUUUCUGCCCGAGCACGAAGACUGUACAAUAUGUUCGAAGCCAAUGCUCCAUACUGUUUUUGUAUCAUGUGCAGGCGUAUCACGUGUAUCAAACGGUCAACGAAACAAAAAACCAUUCCUCGUUCCGCUGUAAUGUUUGUGUACAUGUGUACACUUACACGCUUCACUCGAGCAUUUUCAACGAUACGCUAAAUAAUAUCAAUUUCAAGUCCACAACUUAUCCAAUUUCAGUAUACCCUUUGUAUAGCUAUAUAUAAAUUGAAAAAAAACCUGCUACGAUUUAUUUGCACAGCAGCUGACGAAUUUUCGACGCUUUUCGCGUCGUGCGAAUUUUUCUUCUUCUUUUUUUAGGACGUCGAGGUCACGUGCCGACUUCCGUUCGACAAUUGGUCGACAGGAUCAUUGGGGAGGUAGCACGAACGCCAGUUAUCAGUCUCGCGCCUAAAAAGCCUGAGGUCAAGAAAAAAGAGGAAAUCCGCUCUUACGAGAAGAGAAAGAUUAAAAUUUUACACGAUAAUGACGUCUUAGAAUUUGCCUUUAAGAUACGAAUUUGAAAAUAAAUUUUCAAACGAAAUUUGUAGAUAAUUAGGGUCAUCAUUUCACUAGAACAUUGUUUGCGUAUUUCCCAUGUUUCGUCUUGAAAAAAAAGUAUACCCUCGUCAUCGUGCAUGAGAUCAAAUUAACAUAUGUCACGUGUUGUAAAUGUUUGUAACAUAAUAUUAUAACAGGGCGUACAUGACGUAAAUAAUGAAUGCCAGAAUUUCAAAAGAAUGAUGUGAAUGAAUUAUGUAAACAAGAUGAAAAAAAAUCA